ACUUUCUCAGCGACGGUCCUGUAACGCAAUACAGGAACAAAUCUAUGUUUUAUGUAUUAGGCUGUAAACUGCAAGACAUUCUCCCUAAUAUUAUAAAUUAUACCUGGAACUUUCAUGAAGCUGGACAUGGGAAUGUGGCACCCGAUGGUGUAGGGGCCACUUGUAAACGAACAGCAGACCAAGUGAUUGCUACAGGAGGAGAUAUAACUAACCUGAAUGAGUUCGCUACUGUCAUUCGUGAAAGAUGCCCAGGUAUAAAAAUUGAUGUGAUCGAAGAGUGUCAAAUUGAGAAGAUGAACACCAUCAUUAAUGAUAAGUCGUCCGAAAUGGUCGCUUUUAAGGGAACACUAUUGGUGCAUCAGGUGACUGGCACAGCUUAUAUUCCCAACAAUCUUACAAUGAAGUCACUAAGUUGUUUUUGUCAUACCGAUGGAUGUAAUCAUUACAAGUUAGGAUCUAUUAGUUAUCAGACAGAAAUAAGUGCUAUAAAUAGUACACGUAUAAAUACUUCUACCGUAUUCUCAGACUCUGAAGAUGAUGUACAGUGGUACAUCAUCAUCAGGUACAGCGAUCAUCAUUGUCUUUAACAUAUGUAGAUAGUGAUCUACAUAUGUUAAAGACAAUGAUGAUCGCUCUAAAUUGGAUAGAGAUCUAUCGGCACCAGGAACUAGCGGUUAUUCGCACCAUCAAAGUCGUUAUAAUAGUGGUGAUUAUGUUUUGGUCAAAUAUAUCACAAAGAAAACAGAAUAUCAUUAUGCAGCGGUCUGCUCUUCGGUUGAUGAUGAAGACGGUGAAGUAAGAGUAACUUUUCUUAAAAUUUGUGACCAGAACGGCACUCUGUUUAAAUUGGAUGAAAGAGAUGUGUCAGAUGUUCCCAUGGAUCAAGUAAUAAAAAAACUACCCGUACCAAACCUCAUUACUAAAGGGAAGAGAGUUUAUUACCAAUUUCAGGAAAAAAUUGAUGUUUUCGAAAAAUAAUUUCUUAUUUUUGCACUAUUUUGAUCCUUUAUUUUUCGUUUUUUUUUUUGUGGAGAAAAAGAUCUCAUAUUAUUUUAAUUAUUACUAACUUUUUUGAUGCUUUUAAGGCAUAGCCUAUUAUAUUUACUUGAUUUAUUAGAAAAUACGUACUUUUAAGUAAAAUUACCUCAAAAUAAUAUUAAAGUUAAGUAAUAUAACAUUAUAAAAAUCUCAAAAGGCUGUUAUGAAGACUGGUAUAGUUGACUUUCAUAGUAUUAUAUUGUUAUUGUUCUUAAUUUCAUGAUAAUAGUACUUUUAAGAUAAAUAUUGUUAGAUUUUUGUUUCUAUUGAUUGUUGAUUACUUAGAAAUGUUAAGUAAAACUAAGUCAAAGUAGUAAAAGUUAAGUGAAUAACGUUAUGUUAAAUGUCAAAAGGCUGUUUUGAAAACUAAGAUAGUAUUUUCUCUCAGUAUUGCAUAUUAAUAAUUAUUUUUAAUUGUUACUAAGUGAUUUUAAUACUUAAAAGACAUGUGCCAUUAUUAAAUCUUAAGAGAUUUGUACCAAUUUUUAUUAAAUUUGAUUAUAAUUCUUACAAAAUGGUGUAUUUUGUCAGUACUAUGUUACCCUCGUCAGUCCCCUGGCAGUCAAAUUCUGAAAAUUUGAAAUAUCUCACAAUCUACUUAAAAAAGUGACUGGCCCGAUGUGGAACAAUAUAUUCAUUAGAUUAGCCAUCUUAUACACCCGAAUUUGUAGAAAUUUGAUUUAAUAACUAUAGUAAACAAAAUAUCCUCAAGAGUUACCCAACUUUUGUAUAAUCACCCACAACUAUGCGGUAAUAAGCCAAGCCUUGUCGCCAAAAAUACAUUUGCCGACUGCUGAGGUGUCUAAAUGCAUCAACUACAUUCAAACAGCACCGACUAAAAGUCAUCCAAACAAAGAGUGUCAUAUACAAACUGUCUUUCUCAAACCCACAUCCCGAGCCCCUCUUUCUUCUAGCUCCGAUAAGAAGGCCCAUCAGACCCUUAAACAUGAUUACUCCUUUUCUCCAUCUCAGAACGGUUGAGCUUUCUCUGUAGAAUACGAAACCAACACUCAUAGCUCCAAAAACAUUUUAAGUAUAUUUUUCCAGAAUGCUCAUGGCAGUGUUAUCCAACCCUGAUCAAACUGUACCUGACCACGUUGCACAUAGACUAGCCACAAUCUUUGAUUAUAAAAAUUUUAAAGCUACCACCGCUGAAAGAAAAUGAAAUUCACUUUUUAAGUGAAUAUGUGGACUGUUCAAAGCCGUUAGCAGAAGCUAUUCAAAGCCUGUAAGGGGACAAAGACACUUAUUAUGGCUGUUUGUUACCGGAAUUAUACAGAAUCCAACAUGUUAUCAAAAGCCUCGGAAUAGAAAAUUUAAUGGAUAUUAGGCCGCAGAAAAUCCUCAACAUCAUUUCUAUCUUUCUCCGUGUUUCUUGUUUUGCGCUUUCUCCGUGGAAUUCGAAACCAACACUCAUAGCACCAAAAACAUUCUAAAUAUAAUUUCCAUAAUGCUCAUGGCAGUGUUAUUCAACCCUGAUCAAACUGUACUUGACCACGUUGCACAUAGAGUAGUUACUGGUACUAUUGUACCUGUUAUAAUAAUUAAUAUAUAAACAUAAGACACAUUACUAACUAGAACAUUUUCCAGAAUAUUCGAAAGUACCGCAGUGCCGAAAUUUGGAACAAGCGAGUGUCCUUUUAUUUGGAAAACCACAGAGACAAAAACGAAAAUCAUUCAGAUUGCUUUCUAUGAGCAAAUCCAAAUUAGAAAAAAAAAUAAAAGAAAACAUCCAGAUUUUCUCUGGAUGUGGAAAAGUGAUUUGGGCAUACUAGCCAGAAUCACUGAAUAUUGAUUCACAUUCACCUUCUUAGAUGAAUCGGUAAUAAAACCUCUCCCAAUGGUACAGAAUGCACUACCAGAACCCACCCAGACUGUAAUAAAUAAAUUAAUAUCCCAAAAAACUUUCCCUCCCUCAGGAAAACCUGACAAAUUAUACCAUGAAUUUCGAGUCCCAGAGUAGAAAAGACCCAGACUCCCCAACCGUCUCUCACUAUCACUCACAAAUCAAUUAAAAUAAGAAGACAGAAUAAGAACAAACCUUCUCUAAUUGGCCAAAACAUCUGGCAAUGCAGGUGUAGUGCUUCAAUUGUUGUUACUUUCAGUAUUCACAUCUUGCUUCAGAAACUUAACUACUGGUGUACCUAACCCAUGUAUGAUUUUUUUCAUAUUUAAUUUCUUGGAAGUAUCAUAUACAUUUGUUUUUUUAUUUACUUUAUUAACUCAAAUUGUUUAACUAUGUACGGAAUGUAAUGUCAGACAUGCCCUGUAUUCCAAAACUAGGUAAUUGCACUAUCAUGGCCAAGUAGGCUUUUAAUGAUUGGAAAUUGAGGACUGGGCAUUGAUGCAUUACCAGGGCUCUCUUUGCACCCCUUUUAGAGGCCACAUACAAUGACCUCUCAAAAGAAGUUAUCUGCAAUGGUUUUAGAAAAUGUGGACUGUAUCCUUUCCAUGCCAAUGCAAUCAGCCAGCUUUCAUUGGUCCUGAACACUUGUUGUAUUUUGAAUCAUUGGUGUCUUCCUCCCGUGUUCGAGAAUUCCGUGCAAACCAAGAUACUGCAUGGACUGGAGACGAAUCAGCGAAGGAGUUGUUUUAUGUGUGGCAAAAAAUAGGUAAGAGAGUAAAACAAACGGCUGUUGAUGAAGAGUCUAACUUGGAAACCGGUCUACAGACAAUGCAAGAAAAUAUACACGAUUUGGAAGAAAAUGUUACACCACAUGAAAUUGAGGAAGAAAAUUACCAAACACCAGAACAAAUGAAAGAGGAUUUUAUUCGCAACAUUGACCAUUUGAAUACUGGAACGCCAUCUCAACCUUAAACUUCAGUCAUUAAUAUCACAAAGCACAUUGAGCAAGAAUCUCCUUCUACAAUAAAACACCUUCAACCAAUAAGCCGACACAAUUGCUGUUGCAAAUGCAGUAGCCCUCUGAAUCUCCAAUUAAAGGCAACCAGAAAAGGCGUAAAAAAGUCCACCUACCUGAUGCAGUAAAUAGCAGUGAAUGGAUGCAAUAUUGGAAUGAGAAAGAAAACAUUAAGAAAGGACAAUAAGAACAAAAAGCUCUUAAGGAAGCUAAUAUAAAAAUGUCAAAGAAGAAUAAGAAAAAGGAAACAAGUUCAGAUGAAGAAAUACCAGCAGCUCCGAGAAAGAUGAGACGACUUCGAAUUGAUUCAGCUUCAGACUCUGAUGAUGAUAAUGUAAGGUAGGUAUGGCAUUUAACGCCCAAUGUGUAAUAACGCCCGAAUGCUAAAAAUCGGAUACGACGCGCCGUCGAUCACGCCACGAAUAUUCUCAGUAGCGAGCCACGAACCAAGAACGACGACAGUGCACGCUGUUAUUAUAAAAUACACUCGGACAAAUUUAUCGGGAAAAUGGCUCCAUCUAAUCCCACACGUAAGAAAAGAGGGGAGUCAUGGUCUGAAGAAACAAUGAAAGCUGCCAUUAAUGCCGUGCAAAGAGGACAUUUGACUCAGCGAUCAGCAGCAGAAAGAUAUAAUAUUCCGCGAAGAACUUUGAGAGAUCACUUAAAAACUGGUGAAGAAAUUAAACGUUUGGGGAGAAAGCCUAUUUUGACGAUGAAUCAAGAAAGAGAUUUAGCUUCUCGGAUAAAAAGAUUUGCAAGCAUUGGGAUUCCACUAACUCCUAAAUUCAUUAGAAAACAAGCUUUCUUAUUUUGCGAGAGGCAUGACAUCAAAAAUAAUUUCAAUAGUUCCAAAAGAAUUGCUGGUGUAGACUGGUUGAGACAAUUUUUAAAAAGAAAUCCAUCCAUUAGUAAACGUAAGCCGCAAAUGAUGAAUCCAGCGCGUGCACAAAAAUUAAAUAAACCUAUUGUUGAACAACAUUUUCAAAGUAUCCGUAAAUUGUAUGACGAGUUAGAUAUACUGCGACACCCAGAAAGGUUAUAUAACAUGGACGAGAAAGGAUGUCGAAUAACUGUGCAUAAACAGCAUACAGUUUUGGCAGCAAAAGGGAGCAAAAGAGUUCACCUCAUUGCUCCGGAGCAUGCAGAGAACGUGACGAUAGCGAUGUGUGUGAAUGCUAUAGGUACGGCGAUUCCAGCUAUGAUAAUUUUUAAAGGGCAAAGAAACAGACCAGAUCUAACAGAAAAUCUACCAGCUGGAACAUUAGUUAGAAUGGCACAGAAGGGAAGUAUGACUUCAGAUUUAUUUGUGGAAUUUAUUCAGCACCUGGCAAAACAUAAAGUCGCUGAUAAAUGUUUAUUAAUUUUUGAUGGAGCAAAGUGCCAUCUAUCAGUCGAGGCGCUAGAUGAAGCUGAUAAAAAUGAUAUAGUUCUCUACUGCCUCCCGUCAAAUACAACUCACGAAUUGCAACCGUUGGACAAAUCGGUAAAUAAAUCCUUUGAACAUCACUGGGAUGAAGCUGUCUUGAAUUUUUUGUCAGUCAACGUUAAUAGGACAUUGAACAAAGCCGAUUUUAAUAAAAUAUUUUCUCAAGUGUGGCCCAAAUGCAUGACACAUACUAAUAUAGUGAAUGGGUUCAAAGCUACAGGUCUUUACCCCUAUAAUCCUGAAGCAAUCCCUGAAGAAGCAUUUGCUCCAUCAGUUUUAUCUGAAAUUCCAUGUCCUCAAAAUCAAAAUAAACAAGUGGAGAAACCUGAUGCUAAUACUGAUACUGACUCUGAUGAAAAUCAGCCUAAUUUCCAUGUAAACCCAUCGAACAUACGGGUCUCGACUCCUGAUGAUUUUGAUGUUGAUUCUGGCAACGACCUAAAUGUGAUGCCUAGAAGAGAGAUUUCUUCUGAACAGUAUCAAAAUAUGCAGAAUUAUCUACCGUCUACUUCAGAAUUAAGGGAAACAAACAUUCCACGUAUUGUUGAUUAUAGCUCAUCUACUGAUUUUUCUGAAACUGAAUUGGAACAAGCUCCUCAUAAUUCUACACUGCAUGAUUCAGACCAUAGCUUAUGUGCUUCACCAUCCAUAAUUUCUGAAAAUGUAUGUGUGGUUCCUGAAACGCCUACAAAUAAAGAAAGCUAUAAUGACAUUGAUAUGGCAGUUCCGAGUUGUUCAGGUCUGCAAAGACCUAUACGCCGAAAUUACAGCUCUGAUUCAUCUGACAUAGAUGAUUUCAUAAACAAGCUAUCACAUAAUAACUUUAAAUAUUCAGUUGAAGACGUCUAUGGUUAUUCAUCAACAGAUGAAGAAAAUGAAAAUUUAGGUAUUAUAAAUAAAGGAGAGACAACGCCUAAAAAGCAAAUAAAAGAAGCAAAACCUAAUGAUGAUGAGUACUGUUUUUCAGAUGAAGAUGAUGUACCGUUGUUAAAUUUGAAGAAACCAAAUAACAAAACAGAAUUUGAAAAAUUUUUACCUACUCCUAAUUACGCUGUAACUAAAACAAACCGUCCACGAAAGAAAGCUAUCAAUUAUAAAGGUCAACGUAUUACUAAAGACCUCUUUAACAAAAAAGAUGAACGUAAAAAGAAAACAAAGAAAACCAAAACCAAAAAAAAUGAGAAGAACAAGAAGGAUAAGAUUAAAAAUAGAGUAAUAAAAACAAAAAAGAAGACACAAAAUAAAAAGAGAAUUAAUGAAAAAGAAGACGAUACAGAAGAAUGGUAUUGCUAUGCAUGCCAUGAAAAUACGAAAUUGGACAUGAGACAAUGUAAAUUGUGCAUGAAGUGGUACCAUGAGGAGUGUGUGGGCCUCUCGAAAGAUGAUGAAGACUUCAUUUGUUCAAGUUGUGAAUAAAUAUAAAAAGUUUUAAAUUCCAGUACAUUGUAAGACUGAUUACCGGUAGCACUGUAAGACUGAUUAUUGAUAGUCACUCAGAGUAGUUCUUAGGAUAUUUUAAUUCUGAUGUUUUAUUAUUUGAUUACUGAUCUCAUUAAUGUUUAAGUUUUGUACUUUAUUUCAGGGCGUUAUUUGAAGCGCUGUACUGGGGCGUCAUUAGC